GGUCAGGGAUCGCACCACCUCAGCGGAAGCCGCGCCGGUAGCAAGCGAGCUAGCGCCGAGGCGUCGGGAAAAUGGCAGACAGUUUUUCGCUUAAUGAUGCUUUAUCUGGGUCUGGAAACCCAAACCCUCAAGGAUGGCCUGGUCCAUGGGGAAACCAGCCUGCUGGAGGCUACCCAGGGGCCUCCUAUCCUGGUGCCUACCCUGGACAGGCCCCUCCUGGUGGCUAUCCUGGUCAGUCACCUCCUGGAGCCUACCCUGGACAGGCCCCUCCUGGUAGCUACCCUGGACAGGCCCCUCCUGGUGGCUAUCCUGGUCAGGCACCUCCUGGAGCCUACCCUGGACAGGCCCCUCCUGGAGCCUACCCUGGCCCAACAGCACCUGCUUAUCCUGGACCACCUGCACCAGGAGCCCACCCUGGGCAAGCGAGUGGGCCUGGGGCCUACCCACCUCCUGGACAGCCAAGUGCUCCUGGAGCCCACCCUGCUGCUGGCCCCUUUGGCAUCCCCGCUGGACCACUGACCGUGCCUUAUGACCUGCCUUUGCCUGGAGGAAUCAUGCCUCGCAUGCUGAUAACAAUUCUGGGCACAGUAAAGCCCAAUGCAAACAGACUUGCUUUAGAUUUCAAGAGAGGGAAUGAUGUUGCUUUCCACUUUAACCCGCGCUUCAGUGAGGACAACAAGAGAGUCAUUGUUUGCAAUACAAAGCUGGAUAACAUCUGGGGAAAGGAAGAAAGACAGGCGACUUUCCCAUUUGAAAGUGGUAAACCAUUUAAACAUGUAAACAACUUCAGAUUCCAGAAAGCUCAUUUAAAGAAACUCAGUAUACUCUGA